CUUCUCCUAGAAAUGACUGCUGUUACUGCAGGCAACGUUAACUUCAAAUGGGACCCCAAAAGCUUGGAGAUAAGAACACUGGCGGUUGAAAGACUACUUGAGCCUCUUGUUACACAGGUAACAACACUGGUUAACACUAGCAACAAGGGCCCCUCUAAUAAGAAGCGAGGGCGUUCUAAAAAGGCCCAUGUUUUGGCUGCUUCAGUUGAACAAGCAACAGAGAAUUUCCUGGAGAAAGGAGACAAAAUUGCAAAAGAGAGCCAGUUCCUUAAAGAGGAGCUGGUAGCGGCUGUGGAAGAUGUUCGCAAGCAAGGUGACUUGAUGAAGAGCGCUUCGGGGGAGUUUGCAGAUGACCCCUGCUCCUCUGUGAAACGAGGGAACAUGGUCCGAGCGGCGCGCGCUCUCCUCUCCGCCGUUACUCGACUGCUGAUUUUGGCUGACAUGGCGGAUGUCUACAAGCUGCUUGUUCAACUUAAAGUGGUGGAAGAAGGUAUCUUAAAACUAAGAAAUGCUGGCACGGAGCAGGAUUUGGGUAUCCAGUACAAAGCCCUUAAACCAGAAGUGGACAAGCUUAACAUAAUGGCAGCCAAAAGACAACAGGAGUUGAAAGAUGUGGGUCACCGUGAUCAAAUGGCGGCAGCCAGAGGAAUUCUGCAGAAGAACGUUCCCAUUCUUUAUACGGCAUCCCAGGCCUGUCUGCAGCACCCUGAUGUAGCUGCUUACAAAGCCAACAGGGACUUGAUCUACAAACAGCUUCAGCAGGCGGUCACGGGCAUCUCAAACGCAGCUCAAGCAACUGCAUCAGAUGAUGCUGCCCAGCAGCAGGGUGGAGGUGGAGAGCUGGCGUAUGCUCUGAACAACUUUGAUAAACAAAUUAUUGUGGAUCCAUCGACCUUCAGUGAAGAACGUUUCAGGCCUUCCCUGGAAGAGCGCCUGGAGAGCAUCAUUAGCGGAGCAGCCCUGAUGGCUGAUUCAUCCUGCACACGUGAUGACCGACGGGAACGUAUAGUUGCCGAGUGUAAUGCAGUGCGACAGGCCUUGCAGGAUCUACUUUCAGAAUACAUGGGGAAUUGCACUUAUGGAAAUUGGUUGGAUCGCAAGUGCAAGGCUGGACGCAAAGAGAGAAGCGAUGCGCUGAACUCUGCGAUUGAUAAAAUGACCAAAAAGACCAGAGACUUGCGUAGACAGCUCCGCAAAGCUGUUAUGGACCAUGUAUCAGACUCUUUUCUGGAAACAAAUGUUCCGCUUUUAGUAUUGAUUGAAGCUGCCAAGAAUGGGAAUGAAAAAGAAGUUAAAGAAUAUGCCCAGGUUUUCCGUGAACACGCCAACAAAUUGAUCGAGGUUGCCAACUUGGCCUGUUCCAUCUCAAACAACGAAGAAGGUGUGAAAUUGGUUCGCAUGUCCGCCAGCCAGCUUGAAGCCCUGUGUCCCCAGGUAAUUAACGCUGCGCUGGCUCUGGCUGCUAAACCCCAAAGCAAGCUGGCUCAGGAAAACAUGGACCUCUUCAAAGAGCAGUGGGAGAAGCAAGUCCGCGUGCUGACGGAUGCUGUCGAUGACAUCACUUCCAUUGAUGACUUCCUGGCUGUAUCAGAGAAUCAUAUUUUGGAAGAUGUAAACAAGUGUGUCAUUGCUCUCCAAGAAAAAGAUGUUGAUGGUUUAGACCGCACAGCUGGUGCAAUUCGAGGACGUGCUGCUAGAGUCAUUCACGUCGUCACUUCUGAAAUGGAUAACUACGAACCUGGAGUCUACACUGAGAAGGUGUUGGAAGCGACCAAGUUACUGUCCAACACAGUUAUGCCGCGGUUUACUGAGCAAGUAGAAGCUGCUGUGGAAGCACUGAGUUCGGACCCUGCGCAGCCAAUGGAUGAAAAUGAAUUUAUCGAUGCGUCGCGACUGGUGUACGAUGGAAUACGAGAUAUCAGGAAAGCCGUACUGAUGAUCCGGACUCCUGAAGAGUUGGAUGAUUCUGACUUUGAGACUGAGGAUUUUGAUGUCCGGAGCAGAACAAGUAUUCAGACUGAAGACGAUCAGCUCAUUGCUGGACAAAGCGCGAGGGCUAUCAUGGCUCAGCUCCCUCAAGAGCAGAAAGCUAAGAUCGCUGAGCAAGUCGCAAGCUUCCAGGAAGAAAAGAGUAAAUUGGAUGCCGAAGUAUCAAAAUGGGAUGACAGCGGUAACGAUAUAAUUGUUCUGGCAAAACAAAUGUGUAUGAUUAUGAUGGAAAUGACAGACUUCACCAGAGGUAAAGGUCCGCUGAAAAAUACGUCGGAUGUGAUUAGCGCAGCCAAGAAGAUUGCAGAGGCUGGGUCGAGGAUGGACAAGCUGGGACGGACUAUUGCUGACCAUUGCCCCGAUUCUGCGUGCAAGCAGGACCUCCUGGCCUACCUGCAGCGCAUCGCGCUCUAUUGCCAUCAGCUGAACAUCUGCAGCAAAGUGAAGGCUGAAGUUCAGAACCUCGGAGGAGAGCUGGUUGUGUCUGGGGUGGACAGUGCCAUGUCUCUCAUCCAAGCGGCCAAGAACCUGAUGAACGCGGUGGUGCAAACCGUGAAGGCUUCCUACGUGGCGUCGACCAAGUACCAGAAGUCCCAGGGCAUGGCUUCGCUCAAUCUGCCCGCCGUCUCUUGGAAGAUGAAGGCUCCGGAGAAGAAACCUCUGGUCAAGAGGGAGAAACAGGACGAAACCCAAACUAAAAUCAAGAGAGCGUCCCAGAAGAAACACGUGAACCCGGUGCAGGCUCUCAGUGAAUUCAAGGCGAUGGAGAGUAUUUAACGAGAGGUCUCUCUCUGUCUUGGUUUGUUGUUUUUUUUUCCUUUAGCCCACUACUGCUACUUUCAGAACUCUACUUUUAAUAAUCUAAGGAUUUUUCCAAAGUUUACUAUUCCUCAAAAUGUAUUUACUUAAUAUAAUUUUGAUAACUUUGUUUAGAUUACGUGGGGAAAUACUCAGAAUUUCUAAGUCCUAUCAAUAUAGCUUCAGCCUGCGGAAGUGUGUUCGUUUAGAUUGCUUUUAGGAGACAGGGGUGUAUUUCUAGUGGAAAAUUAUUUUGUAUAAUCUUGCUUUAAAUAAAAUAUUCUAUAACCAAAGAGGAUUUUACAGUAACACUAACGGUUAACACUAACAGUCGAAUCGUGCUACUCGGAGACUGCAGUUU